AAUCUUGUAAAUUUGUUUAAUUAAAUUUAUAGUUAUUUUACUAAAAUUGAAUUGUAUAAUACUAUAGAACAAAUAAGUAUAAUUAGAAUAUUUAAAUACAAGAUAUAAAUAUUUUUGAAAGACCAUGUGUUCUUUAAAUGCUUGUUCAUGCGAUUUUAAUGAUGACAUCACACCAAAAAUUGAUGCAAUACAAAUUUUAAAUUCUGAUGUGUGUAAAAAGUGUCGGACUAACAGCACUGAAAUAAUAUUAAGAAGAAAGGAUGGAUAUUGCACAUCUUGUUUUUUAAUCAAUACAACGCACAAAUUCAGAGCAGCACUUGGUAAAUCAAAAAUCAUCCAUCGAGGAGAUACAAUACUUAUUGGAUAUUGUGGUAGAGACAAUUCAACUGCACUUCUACAUUUGAUUAAUUCUGGAAUGAGUGAAACGACUCACAAAAAGAUUAUAUUUAAUGUAGUUAUAUUUUUUAUCGAUGAUGGGAUUGUAGAAGGAUAUACAGUAAAUGAAAGGAAAAAAAUGUUGGAUACAAUAUCUAAACAAGUGAAAAUGUUUGGAUUUGUGGGAUAUACAGCAUCUUUACAAGAAUCUUUGCGUGAAAAUGAUGUUCCAAAUAUUUAUCUGAUGGAUGCUCCAGAAGUUGUAAUAGAUGAAAGUGAUGUUAUAUCAAAUAUGCUUAAUAAUUUAGCUGAUGAUAGUGCGAGGGAAGAAUUAUUACGACAGUUACGUCAUAGACUUCUCAUCUUAGCUGCAAGAAAACUAGAGUGCAAUAAAGUAUUUGUUGCUGAUUGUGCAACAAAUAUUGCUGUUAAUAUAUUGAGCGAUAUAUCACUUGGUCGUGGUGCUCAGCUUUCUCCAGAUAUAGAUUUCUCUGAUACAAGAUAUACAGAUGUUAUGCUUCUUAGACCGAUGAAAGAUUUUACAAAAGAGGAAAUAAUCCAUUAUUUAAGUUGUAAUAAAUUAAAUGCUGUACGAUCUAGUAAACAAAACAGAAUGAGUUUGUCAACUUCUAUACAAUCAUUAACAAAUAAAUUCAUAUCUCAACUAAAUACAGAGUUUCAUGGAACUGUAUCUACAGUUUUUCGUACAGGUGGAAAAUUAUCAACGGAAUUACUCGCAUGUCAAAAUUUGGAAGAAAAUUCAGUAUGUGCAAUGUGUAACAUACCGUUAGAUACAAAGGUAACAAAUGAUGAAAUAUCAGCUUUGCAAGCAACAACAUUUUCUGCUCUUUUAUCAUCAAAUAACAUAGAUAUUGAUAAUACCAAAGUAAAAGCCAAUGAUUUACUUAAUGUUAAUCCAGAGGAAUUAACAGUACAAGUAAAUCAUUCUGAAGAGAAUAACCAAAAUGAACACAACGACAGUAAUAUUACUAAUGGAAAACAAUGUACUUGGAAUAUCGAAGAAUACAAAAGAUUCAAAACGCAAUCCCUCAGCUCAAAUGAUAUAUUAAAGCAUCUUUGUUAUUCGUGUCGAUUGAUCUUUCGAUCUUCUGACAUAAAAUCUAUACCUUCAUUUGUAUUAAAUACUAUUCAAACAAGAUUAUCACAUGAAAUUAGGCCGAAUGAAAUCACAGAUUUAUUAUUAUAAUUAUUAAUUUACAUAAUAAAACGAAAUUGUUUUUUGA